AUGUGCAUCACGCACCCUUUCCAACCAUCCCAUGUUGAUGUUGAUGAGACAGCCCUUGUGAUCCACUGGUGCCUUCAACACCAACAAGAAGUACCCAUUAGGUUUAUGUGCUCUUUGUCAAGGUCAGGUGUCAAGAGCACCACAUACACUUGCAGUGCAUUAAUACUUUUUUUCUUCUUUCCUUUUCUCAGUGUUUUUGAAGAUGAAAGUGCAAAAUUGCGUCAGCUGAAACUAGAGAACCAGCGAGCUCUUCUGGAGAAGAAGCAGAGGAAGAAACGUCUUGAACCCUUGAUGGUGCAACCAAAUCCAGAAGCAAAGCUGCGAAAAUCAAAGCCCAAAGGGUGUGAGGAGCAGACUCCCUUAGUGGAGACACUCACCCCUUUUCACAGUGAUGUUGUCCUGCAUGGCAUUGAUGGCCCAGCUGCCUUCCUGAAGCCAGAAGUACAAGACUUGGGGACCAAACUCCAAAUCCUCUCUGUAGGAUCAUCCACAACAGAAGAUGAUGCAGAUCAGGACAAUGAUGAAGAGACCCUGAUAGACACAGCUGCCAAGCCAGAUCUGCAAGAAAUACUACAGAAACGAGGGAUCUCAGGCAGUUUGAAUUUUGAUGAGGACACAGAAGAGGAGGAAGAAGCUGGAAAGAGGUCAGGAUCUCAUUCUCCGUAUUCUGAAUCUGAGAGGCCUAGUUCUGCAGCCAGCCAGAAAUCUGCGACAGAAAGAGGUGCUUCCUGCACUGCUUCCCCAGAGACAGAUGCUCAGCUGGGAGAAGUGGAGAACUUGGAGGAGUUUGCAUUACGCCCUGCUCCCCGUGGCAUUACAGUGAAGUGUCGAAUCACUAGAGAUAAGAAAGGAAUGGACCGAGGUCUCUUCCCCACUUACUACAUGCACCUUGAAAGGGAUGACAACAGAAAGACCUUCCUUCUUGCAGGGAGAAAACGGAAAAAGAGCAAAACAUCCAAUUAUCUCAUUUCAAUUGACCCAACAGAUUUAUCCCGGGAAGGGGAAAGUUUCAUUGGAAAACUCAGGUCCAACCUUAUGGGAACGAAGUUUACUGUCUAUGAUCAUGGAGUUAGCCCAGUAAAGGCUCAGGGGCUAGUAGAAAAGGUCCAUACACGACAGGAGCUUGCAGCCAUUUGUUAUGAAACCAACGUGCUAGGAUUCAAGGGUCCCAGGAAGAUGUCCGUGAUCAUUCCAGGGAUGAAUAUGAACCACAAGCGGAUUCCAAUCAAACCACGAAACGAGCAUGAGAGCUUGUUGUCAAACUGGCAAAAUAAAAGCCUGGAGAACCUGAUUGAGCUUCACAACAAGGCUCCAGUCUGGAAUGAUGACACUCAAUCGUACGUCUUGAAUUUCCAUGGCAGAGUCACUCAGGCCUCAGUGAAGAACUUCCAGAUCGUCCAUGAGAAUGACCCUGACUACAUUGUGAUGCAGUUUGGUCGUGUAGCAGAAGAUGUGUUCACUCUGGACUAUAAUUACCCCCUGUGUGCCCUCCAGGCCUUUGCCAUUGGACUCUCCAGCUUUGAUAGCAAAUUGGCAUGUGAAUGACAGAAAGAGUGGACUUCAGCAUGGAACUCGCUCCUAUCCCCGCACCUUGUAGAUGAGUUUUUGAGUGGAAUCAUGAGAAGUAUCCUGGGGACAGAAAGAAACUGGAGGCCAGAUAUCUGCAAGCUCAACAAGAAGCAAGUAGUAGAUUUGGGGGCUUUACAAUAACCAAUAGAGACCAUGGCCCUGUUGGAAGGGAGAUCUUUGCAUGUGCAGUGGUGGAAGACAAGGAUAAUGUACGAAGUCUUUGUUACCAGCAUUGAGAAUCUUGAUGGGUGAUGGUGUGAGCUCAUCCUGCUCCUCAGAAGCUAAACAUCAUUGUGACUGAAAACACUUGCAUUGGGAUCAGAUUAAUAGUGCUUUAGUGCCCAGGGACCUUGGCUCUCACAGUGCCCCUGUGUGCCUGUACUAAUGCAGCGAAUAUUAAGAUUAGUUCAGAGAAGGAAGGAAAAGUACAGUCUGUGCCCUCUCUUACGCUGUAGAGCUACUCUCCUGUGUAAGGCAAUGGAGAGAGAACGAAGAGAUGGUAUAAGCCCGAUGCCCCUGUGCAACUGUAAGCAGUGUUCAGUGAACAAAGAAUAGGAAUGUGCCCCAUGCCUCUAUACUUUUACUCAGCAGGAUAAUUCUCUGUCAAGGCUGAUGGAUCCCACUUCCUGUUAAUUGUUCUGCUUCUCAUUGUCCUGUGACAACCUUUUCACCAAAUAAAGAUCUCCCAUCAUUAGGAAUGUGAGAAAAGCUCCUAUGGUCACUUUUAAGCGGGCAAUAUUAAUAUUAUGAUCAUCAUGGUUUCUUUUAUUCUUAACAGCUCUAAAACUGAAAUUGAAUAGAUCAUUGGACCUGAGAGAAACUAGCCAAGAAGGGUAUGCCAUUGACUAUUCCCGAAAUGCAACAUUCUGAUUACCUUAAAUACUAGAUUCUGUAGGUCAGUCAAUCAGAAACAUUUAAAAAAAAUUAUUUUAUGAAAGUUUGCUGAUUUUUAGGAAUGAACUGAUAUCUGAAUUUCUUCUUUGUUUUAUUUAGCUUUUUUCUCAGCAAAUAAGAGAUACCCUUUUAUGGCAGUCUGAAUAGCUGAUUCCAAUUGCAUGUGGUUUAAUAACCACAGAUAUCUCAAAUCAUGACCAUUGCAGACAAUUUUGUAUAAAAAUUUAAUCUGAAUAUGAGAUUAACCAAAAAAUAAGAUAAUAGACAUUUUGCAAGGCAGAAAGAAAGAACAAGAGUGGUCGAAGUACUGCUCAUAGGCCUUUAUAAUGUGUCCUGAAGUAGCCCUCAUCUUUAAUUCUGGGUUGCAGUUAAUGGAGACCAUAAGUCUCUGCAUGCAGUCCUCCUUGAUCCACCAGCUUCAAUUUUCAUCGAAGUGGAGCACCUCAUAGGGUAUGUCUACACUACCACCCUAGUUCGAACUAGGGUGGUAGUGUAGACAUACCCUAUGAGGUGCUCCACUUCGAUGAAAAUUGAAGCUGGUGGAUCAAGGAGGACUGCAUGCAGAGACUUAUGGUCUCCAUUAACUGCAACCCAGAAUUAAAGAUGAGGGCUACUUCAGGACACAUUAUAAAGGCCUAUGAGCAGUACUUCGACCACUCUUGUUCUUUCUUUCUGCCUUGCAAAAUGUCUAUUAUCUUAUUUUUUGGUUAAUCUCAUAUUCAGAUUAAAUUUUUAUACAAAAUUGUCUGCAAUGGUCAUGAUUUGAGAUAUCUGUGGUUAUUAAACCACAUGCAAUUGGAAUCAGCUAUUCAGACUGCCAUAAAAGGGUAUCUCUUAUUUGCUGAGAAAAAAGC